GGACCUGCAAGGUUCGUUUGUGUACAGUCGUGUUUGUUUCUACGAUUUUGUGAAAAACCAUUAUAUGACCCAAUUGCCAUAAUAUGCAGCAAUGACCGAUCAUGUUCCAUCUGAAAAACAAACAAUCCCAACAGAAGCGCCGCAAGCGUAUUCAAGAAGCUAAGGGGGUUCAAAACAUACCGAAUCGAUCGAAUCAAUCAUUGCCAAAAGGUCUCCGGUCGCCGGAAUGUGCAAUCAAGGAGGAUCUAAUGGAACUCUACACGCCUACAGCGAAAUUCGAACCUAUUUCCGAACCGGCAACUGACGCCAUCGUUGGCGACCUGUGUACCUUUUGCUCUAUGGUUUACCAGAAGGAGCUGCCACCCCCCUCGGAUCCUAACGUGGAUAACGAAUACCGUCGUUUGAGAAUGGAGUUUGUUCUCGCCAAGGCAGUUGACCCGACUAAAGUUUCCAAAUGCUGCGACCGAUGUUGGGAGGCCUUCGAUGCGUUCUGUGACUUCAAAAUGCGCUGCGAUGCAGCAUUGAUGGCGGAUGAGCCAUCGGGAAGUGCUACCCAAGGCAACGAAAGACAACCGGUGGUGGAUUUGAUUGUAAAUGUGUCCGAACCAGGACAGGAACAGGUUUGCUUCGAGGUGACCAAUUUGCAAACGGAUCAAUUUUCGGAACAUCCCAUGGAAAAGAAGCACGAAUGCGACAUCUGUGGUAAGCGGUACCGAUCACAGCGCUCCCUCAAUUUACACGCCGUUAGGCACAGAGAUCCACAGUUUGCGUGCGGUACCUGUGGAAAGGGUUUCUAUUAUAGGAGCGCUCUUCAGACCCAUUACAGCGUUCAUUCAGACGAGAAGAAUUACCAAUGCAUGGAAUGUGGCAAGUUUUUCAAAUAUCAGCGCAGCUAUCGCAUUCAUCAACGGGUCCAUAGUGGGGAGAUACUGUUCGCUUGCCAUGUUUGCAACCAAAGUUUCAGCUACAGAAAGAGCCUAAAGGCACAUACAGCCAAAUGUCAACUCGUGGAGGUCACCAAUUAUAAUAAGGUAGGUGGUUUGUCGUUUUUGCUUUGA